AUAAGAAAGAUAAAGACGGGUAUUUUCUCUGAAUUACAUUGUAAUUUCUUACGAAGAUUUAUAAACGAAAGAGCUUUCAGAAGUUGGAGUGAGUUAUGAGAUUAAAAGAUAUCAAUAAGAGCGCAACGUUAGCGUGGUCUCCACAGGGAGUAAAUGAUAACCAGCCUUUACUUGCUGUAGGUGGUUAUAUAGGCACCGAAAGUACCAGGGAAAGCGACAAUCUUUUGGAAAUUUGGGAUACAUCCGCAGAAUCAAACCAACCAAUUGGCUCUGCAAACGUUAAUACCAAAUUUUACGAUCUUGAUUGGGAAAAAUCUUUAGAUAAACAAUACGGUGUUAUUGCCGGUACUUUAGAGGAAGGUGGUGUUGGAUUUUACGAUGCCUCUGCCAUAUUGGGUUCUAAUGAGGGCAGUGCUUCUAUAGCAACCUAUAAACAAGAAAACAAUUCUAUUUUAGGACCUUUAGAUUUCAAUCCCGUCCAAACCAAUCUCUUAGCGUCCGGUGAUAACAAUGGUGAUGUUUGGGUAUGGGAUUUGAAGAACCCUUUAAAACCCUUCUCUUUGCCUAAACAGAAUCGUUCUUCCGAAAUUCAUGUAGUUGCUUGGAACAGCAAGGUAUCCCAUAUCCUUGCUUCAGGCAAUUCUUCAGAAUAUACCACUGUAUGGGAUCUAAAAGCAAAACGACAAAUUUUAAAUCUUUCGUAUAUGGGAGCCACUGGUACGAAUGCCACUGGUGGAGUUAAUAGCAUUGCUUGGCACCCUGAAAAUGCUACUCGUCUUGUCACUGCUAUUGACGAUAAUCGAAAUCCCAUUAUUUUAACUUGGGAUUUACGUUAUCCUACAGCACCUCAAAAUGUUCUUACAGGCCAUCAGAAAGCUGCCCUUUCAUUAUCAUGGUGCCCUCAUGAUUCAAGAUUUUUACUUAGUAGUGGUAAAGAUGGUCGUGCUAUUGUUUGGGAUGUUGAUACUGGUGAAUCUUUAGGAAACUUUCCUCGCUCCGGGAACUGGUAUACUAAAGGCAGUUGGUGUCCUUCUAAUUCUAACCGCGUAGCAACCUCCUCCUUAGAUGGAAAGGUUUCUAUUUUCUCUAUUCAAAGCACAAAUACGGACAAAACUCAUGAGGCUUCCUUGCAAGGUGUUACUUCUAUCGAUGAUAACGAGUUCUUUAAUAAUCUUCCUUCAAUUGCUGGCUCCCAGGAACCUGCCUUCACUUUACCUAUCGCUCCCAAGUGGUAUAAAGUUCCCUGUGGUGUCCGCUUUGGAUUUCCUAAUAAACUUAUUCGUUUUAGUCCUGAAUCAAAAGGAGUUAUAAUAGAGCCUAUUGAACCUGAACAAAAUGAAGAAUUUAUAGACAAAUUUUCCUCUACAGCUAAAUUCCAAACAGAGGAUGACAUAGUCUCUUUUUGUGAAUCUGGUGCAAAAUCAGCAAAAACCGACGAGGAAGCAAAUAACUGGAAACUUCUCAAAGCGGUUAGUCAGCGUGUAUCCAGAAGCGAAUUUGUUAAGCUUCUAGGUCGCGAAAAUAUUAAGGAGUUGCAUAAGGAAGACAGCACCGCCGAAUUAGACAAGAGUACGAAAGCUUCUAUCAAUGUUAAUGACACAUCCAAGAAUCAAAAUAAUGAGAGCUAUGAUGAUGAUACCUCAUUUUAUGGUAAAUUAUCAGACAACUUACAGAAUACUGGAAUUUCUGAUAAGGAGGUUGAGUUUUCGAAUGACCCUUUUAAAAUAUUCAAUUCAGAAGACUCUGGGCUUGAGACUAAUAUCACAAAAAUGCUGCUUACGGGCGAUAUUUUGUCUGCCAUCAAAACCUGCAUUGAUGACAAGAAAAUAUCUGAAGCUCUUUUCUUAGCUACGUUUGGCGAUGAAGAAUGUCGCAAAUGUGUUAGAAAAGCAUUUUACGAGAUACAAGAGCAUAAACCAUCAUAUAUGCGUCUUUCGGCUUGUAUAGCUGAUAAUGACUUAGAAAAUGCUGUACAAAAUGCAGAUCUUAGUCAAUGGAAGGAUAUUUUUGUUUUUAUCUGCACAUAUGCUGCUAAUGACGCAUUUUCUCCGUUAUGUGGUAUACUUGGCAAACGAUUAGAGGACCUUGACGACUUCAGCUCUAAUCGUGCUGCAGAAUUUUGCUAUAUUGCCAGUAAGUCAUUACAAAGUUAUGCAAAUCUAUGGCUUAAGGAACUUGCGAAUGGUGAUGUUCGUGAAGAUGCUAAGUCUUCUUAUGUUGAAUAUGUCGACCAACUCACCAAACUUAUGGACAAAGUGAAUGCAUUCCGUUCAAUUGUUGCUUACGAAGAUGAUGAGCUAUCUGCAACUGGAGAAUGGAAGUUAAGCGGCCUUUACGAAGUUUAUCUUGAGUACUCUAGGAUUCUGCUUUCAGCCGGUCAUUACGAACAAGCAAGGAGCUAUUUGAAUCUCGUUCCUGUUUCAUUUCCGGGUGCAAAACAGGAAAUUGAAAGAUUAUCAAUUCUUCUCACACCUACUCCAAUUCCUGAAGUUAAUAGAUCUGCUUACGGUCCUUCUCGAAGCGUGCCACACCCUGCUCCUUCAUUCAUUCCUCAGCCAAUACAAACGGCCACUAACACCAGUAAUCCUUACGCUUCUACAUACUCGAGCAACGUUUCACAGGCUACUGCUGCACCUCCUAUCUCCUCUAGUGUUCUACCACCUACGGUGUCAAACAAUGUUACGUCAGGCUGGAACGAUGCUCCGGUUGUACAUCAGCCACCAUUAAGACGUGCUGCUCCCUCUUUGCCUGCCAUAAGAUCGCCUUUCCCUAACACUGGAGCUCCUUCGGCUCCUAAUAUGUCACGCACGAGUAGUACUAGUACACUACCACCACCCCCGCCAUCUGUAGGCAAUGCCGCAGCUGCUCCCCCUCCACCAAAGAUUGGUGAAGCAUAUCAGCCUCAAGCGCAGAAUGUAAACCAACCUCCUGUGAGUCAAGUACAGAAGCCGGCUAAUCCUUACACGCCAAUAGGAGUUCAAUCACCCGCAAGGACCUUAUCGGGGCUAUCUUCUCCCGCAGAGACGAAAGGUUCCAGUCCUUACGUGCCUCUGGGUGGCCCUGGUCGACCUCCUCUAGUUUCUCCCCCCGUCCAACCCACUGCUCCCUUCAGUGCUGCUGCACCUCCUCCGAAAGCAUCGGCAAACCGAGUAGUUCCCAUCCCUCCUACACCAAGUCAGCGUAUAUCUUCGUAUGAACCUGUUAACACUGGCUUCACCCAGUCACCACCUAUGGCGAUGCCUCCAGUAAAUGCUCAGAUACCACCUCCUGUGUCUAGUGCUGCAGGUGGAAGUGUACCUCCACCCCCUGUUGCUUCAAGCUCAGUUGUCUCUCCUCCACCACAAAAUAUAUCCUCAAAGAGACAAUCAGCUUCAGGACCUUCGGCAAUUACUACUGGGAUAACUACGUACCCUCAAGGAGAUCGUUCUCAUAUCCCACCUAAUUUAAAACCAAUUUAUGAAAUGCUUAACGCCGAGUUCUUACGUGUAUCCCAAAGUGUUCCUCCACAAAUGUCUCGCGUGUUACAUGAUAUGGAGAAGCGUCUUAACAUGUUGUAUGACCGACUUAACGCCAAUGCUCUUUCUAAACCAUUGACUGAUGAACUUUAUGCGCUGGCUGUUGCGUUGACAAAUCGUGAUUAUCAAAGUGCAUCUAAUAUCCAGGUCACUCUUGUCACCACUCUUCAAGAUCAAUGUGAACACUGGAUAGUUGGAAUUACUAGACUUAUUACGAUAAGUAAAUCUACAGCUUAAAAUUGCUGUUGUAUUUUUGAAAUUUCGUUUAUUGAAGCCUUUUAACUACAUAAUGUAAAGCCCGUUUUUGUGAAAUUUUAUAGUGAUGAUAUUACUUGUGGAUAAUAUAGCAAUCUUUACAGGUUAAUAUUAGAAUGAAAACUUCAUUUUAAAGUAAGCAGCUGUUGCUGCUGGUGUGUAGAAUGUAA